AUGCCUGCCUCGGCCAAGUUCUGGCGCUGGCUGGCACCCGGCGUGAUGCGCACCGCCUCGCGGGUCUGCAAGCGAUGGCGGGCUGUUGUGUUCAGCGAGCCAGCCCUCUGGCGCGUCUUCUUCCUGCCCCUCCACCAUGAGUUCCAGCAGGGGGAGCUGGCGGCGAGGCGGGUCGUGCUGCAGCGUGUGGGCGCCAUGCUGCUGCGCUUCACGCAGCUGGCGUUCCUGCAGCUGCGCCUGCCGGAGCUGCGGCAGGCAGACAUGGCGGCCCUGGCCCAGCUGCCGCCCCUGGCCAGCUUGGACUGCUGCGCCCGCCAGGUGCCCGCCUGCCUGGCAGACUGCCUGUCUCAGCUGUCGGCGCUGGAGACAUUGAGGCUGGAGAGCAUCGCGGCGUUGCCGCCCAUGCAGCAGCUGACGCGCUCGCCUCGCCUGCGGCACCUCCGCAUCAGGAGCCCCGCAGACGGCAAGCAGGACUGGCUGCCAGUUCCCAGCGACUUUGCGGCGCUGCAAACAUAUGACUACCAAACCUUCGGGUUUGGGGUGGCUGGCGCCUGGAUGGCGGGCUGCACGUGCUGCAGGGACCCUCAGGGUGGCGAGGGCGACGUGGCGCUGUCCCUGAUGAACGCGGCUGCAGUCGGGGCCCUGGGCGCCUUGCUGCGGGCCCUGGUGCCCGCUGGCGCGAGGCUGACCUGUCUGGAAGUCCGCAACUCUGCGCUGGACGCCGCGCCGCUCCACGGCUGUCCUGACCAGCUGUCGGCGCUGACGGAGCUGUCGCUGUCGGGGUGCAGCACGGCCAGGCACCAGUCCGAUGUGCCUGCGGUGCUGGCCGCGCCGCUGGGCCAGGCGCCACGGCUGGCAGACCUGUCAGUAAUGGGGGGCAGCCUGGAGGCCCUGCCAGAGUGCGUGACCUCCCGGCGGGGGCUCACACGCCUGGCCCUGGAGCACAACGAGCCGAGGAAGCUGCCGAAGGGUGCCUACCUGGCAGACCUGCGCGAGCUGGACCUCAGCUGGAACAACGUGGGCCGCGUGCCCGUGUCGCUCAAGGCCGACACCUCCCUGGCCGGCCUCAGCCUGCACGGCGACCGCCCGCUCAAGGCGGCGGACAUCGAGGGCGUGCUGGCACGGCUGCCAGCCCUCACAACUCUAGACCUGGGCAACACGGGGACCCCGCAGGCUGUGCUGCGCGAGCUGCACGCGCGCCUGCCGCGCCUCGCCAUCCUGCUGUCCAGCCGGCGAGGCUACUGA